AAUGGAAAUGUCAAUUGUCAAGUGAAGCUAGUAGGCUGAUAUGAAUUGGAGACGCAAUCACGCUUUUUUGAGUUUGUUUACGUUUUUACAAGUAUUUCUUUACAAAAAGUAGUUGUAAGUUUGACACAACUGUGAUACGCCUUUUGUAAGUUAGAUUAAAUAUUAAAGAAAUGGAAUUUUCUUCAUCUUGUUUACCAAAUGCUUCUUCUGAUGGGAUUGAUGUAGGGAACAUUAGUUCGGAUAAUGCCAGAGACACUAAAAGAAGAAGCUCACAAAGAUCAAUAAAACGCAGAAGAUUUGAUGAUGAGCUAGUUGAAUACAGUUUAGGCUUGCCCACUGGUGCUGGUUCAGUAUCUAAAGUGUCUAGAUCUCGAACUUACUCUCUAACAAAUCAAGAUAUACCAGCGUCUAACAUUGUUCUUCCUCCUUCAGUAGCAAAUCCCCCUCCCGCUCCUAUAGAGAUAAUUAAGAAAAGGCCGCCCCCAAGACCUUAUGUAGGAGGAAGUCAUAGUUCUCAUAAAGGUCGAAAUAAAAAGAGGAAUGGACCCUUGCCACCCAUAACAACUAAAGAUUUAGGUAGAUGGAAACCUACAGAUGAUUUAGCUCUAAUAACUGCUGUCCAAAGAGUGAAUGAUAUCAGACAGGUUCAUAGGGGAAUUAAAUUUUCCUGUAGAUUCACUGUUCAAGAAAUACAACAAAGAUGGUAUGCUUUAAUGUACGAUCAAGUUGUGAGUAGAGUGGCUAUAACAGCCAUGCGAAAUUUACAUCCAGAGUUAAUUGCAAAUGUUCAAGCCAAAACAUUAUAUAGUACUGCAGAGGAAGAGUUACUAGGAACUAUUAAAAGUACGGAUUCACCUACAUUAGAGACAUUCACAAAACUUCUCCAAGAGAAUCAAUCUGUAUUUUUUUAUGCUAGGACUCCCAAAACAUUAAUGAAUUAUUGGCAAAUGUUAAAGUUAUAUAAUUUGUUACCUGACCAAGUUUCUAUACCGCCUUCGACUGGGGAUCAAUUACAUGCAUUUGCUGAAUUAGAACAACUUGUCAAAUCAAUAGAGCCUAGUGAAAUGAAGGAAGAUUGGCUAGAAAAUGAAAUUAGAUAUACAGACCGUAAGAACAAAUGUGAGAUUCGUCAAUUAGAGGAUGAAUUAGUUCGAUGGCAGGUACUUGUUGAUUCUGUGACAGGUAUGCAUCCACCUGAAUUUGACAAUCAUACCUUAGCUAUUCUUAGAGGUCGCCUAGUGAGAUAUCUUAUGCGAUCCAGAGAGAUCACUAUAGGUAGAAAUUCGAAAAAUCAGGAUGUGGAUGUAGAUUUGGCAUUAGAGGGACCUGUCUAUAAAAUUUCAAGGCGUCAAGGAACUAUUAAACUACGAAACAAUGGCGAUUUUUUUAUAUCAUCUGAUGGUAAGCGUCCAAUCUUUGUGGAUGGACGGCCAUUAAUGCAGGGCAAUAAGUACAAACUUAGUCAUAAUUCGACAAUUGAGAUUGCUAGUUUAAAGUUUACUUUCCUUAUAAACAAAAGCUUAGUAAUGGCUGUGAGAAAUGAAUCUACAAAACUCAACCUCUUGGGCUUUUGAUGUAAUUUCAUUAGAGUCUAAUUAAAUUGUAUGUAC